AUGUUAGUAGUCGGGUGUCUAGCAUAUCAGAAGCAGGUCAAAUGGGCUAUCAUACAUUCACACGAGAUUUCCCCAUUUGUAUUAGAGACACAUACGGUCGUUCAGGGCGAUGGUUUACAUGCUAGGUAUUCUUAG